ACUUCCACGAAGAUCACAUGGCAGCAGCACCUGGGGAAGUUUCUCAAUAUUUUCCUCCGACUCGUCUAGUGGGAUUCUGGAUUCGAAUUCGAAGCGUUCGAAGACUUGUGCUUUGACAACUGUCGCCGGCUAUGAGUCCUCGUGAUGACGUCGCCAAUCACCGAUCUCCUGGAAAGUCCAGAAAUGACAAGAAUAUGCGCUCCCAUGGUACGGUAUUCGAAACAAUCGUUCCGUGAGUUGGUGCGUCUCUACGAUGUGGACAUCGCGUAUACCCCGAUGGUCCUCGCGGAAAGUUUCACGAAGAGUGCCAAAGCCAGGAACGUGGAGUUCUCCACUUCAUCGACGGACCGUCCCCUUAUCGUUCAAUUUGCCUCCCACGACCCAGAGGAAUUCGCCCUGGCAGCAGAAAUGGUCUCCCCGCUAUCCGACGGUGUGGAUCUCAAUUGUGGAUGUCCGCAACGUUGGGCGAUCCAGGAACACUACGGAUGUUGGAUGCUCAGUCAGCCAGAGUUGGUGGCUGAUAUGAUUCGAACGAUGAGGAGAAGACUUCCGAACGCCUACACGGUCUCGGUGAAGAUAAGAAUCAAGGACGAUCUGAAGGAUAGCGUGGAAUUCGUAAGACGCAUGGAGGCAGCUGGUGCGAGUUUCAUCACGAUCCAUGGAAGAACUCCGGCGCAAAGAGCAGAAGUUCCGAACUUUGAAGCGGUCAAGAUUUUGCGUCAGGCUGUCAGGAUUCCCGUUGUGCACAAUGGUGGAGUUAGGAGCCUCGAGGAAGCCCGGAGAAUCCAUGAGGAUACCGGUGUGGCCGGCAUCAUGGUGGCGCAAGGCCUCUUGAACAAUCCAGCUCUGUUCGCAGGGCAUACUCAUACACCGGAAAGCUGUGUUCAGAAGUACCUCGAUAUUGCGACGGCGUACGGAACCCAGUUCGCGCACUUCCAGCACCACGUUACUUACAUGGUCAAAGAUCUCUUACCCAGAGCGGAUAGGCAUCAAAUGAAUCUCCUGUGCAGUUAUGCGGCCAUUUUGGAUUUCUUGGAGGAGAGAAACAUUCUGUGA